GUUGCACGGUGAUGGUGUAAAACCAACGUAAUGCUAUUUUACGAAAAGCAGAAGGGUUGUAGGUGGAUACACAUAUAACCUGAGUAGUUAUUUAUAAUGUAGGGACCGUCUCUCGGGCGCUUGUGACAUCCACCCGGCCAGUCUCCCGGGGUUGGUGAAGUCAGGUGGGGCCAGAAUUCGGUACCCUCGGGCAUCUGUGAAAUUUCCAUGUGGUACAGUGAGUUAUAUCCAUCCAGGAGUCCUCCGAUUCUCGGCUUUGUGGGUACCAUCAAGGGCGGGAAUCAAAUGUGUGAAUAAUUUUGAAUUUUGAAUCCUCGGGUAUGGUUGGCGGGAAAGUUUUUACGGAAAUCUGGUAUGCCGACGCCUAGUUGUCGCGUCGUUUCCUCUUCCUGGAUCGGCAGGAGUGGGCCACCCGGCUGGUCAGGUCCUAGACAGAUGAGAAGCUCUGGAUGGAGGCCAUGAUGGUCACCGCCCAGAAGGAUGCAAAGGUAGCCCGGUUGGCGCCCGAGAAAAUGAAGGAGAAGCUGGUCGAACAGGCUGAAGCCUACCAGGGUCUCUUUGCCAAGCACGAGGGCUUGCUAAAGUCUGCCAAGAAGUCGAAUGAGCAGGCUAAGUGGAAGAUCGCUGAGUUGGCGGAGAAGGCCGGGCAGACGAGCCAGCUAGAAGAGGAGAAUGCCCAGCUAAGGGCUGAGAUGGAGAGGGAGCGCUCUGACCGGGUUGUUCACGCCGUUGCUUGGGCUGCGCAGAACCAGAGAAGUUUGCUGCCCAGGCACUUCCUAACUGGGAGAUUACCCCUCCAUGGUCUGCUCCGCGACAUCUUCCGCCAUUUUGGAUUUGCUCCUGGCCAGUUGACCGCCAAUGCGCACAAAUAUGUCGCGUCCUAUAUCUUGCGGUGUUGUGCCCUGGACAAAACCCCAACACUGGACGAAUUCCUCAUCCUUUUCAGUAUUGGUGGGCCUUUUCCCUAUUACAGCUUGUUUGCUCAUCCCCAAGCUCCAAUUUUUGAGAGGGUUGAGUUUAAACACGACAAAUGGUCCCACUACUACUUCGUCAUUGAGUUCCCGGUUCAUAGCCCCCUAGAUCUGCCGGGUGUUGUUCACCGUAGUUCUAUUUCUCGGACAAAGUUCGUUGCAGUACCCCUGGCGGAGGCUGCAUACAACGCCUUGAGAGAGGAAGUGGGUUUGAUUCCACAUCACUCCCUUCAAGACGCCAGGUUAUACAAGAAGGCAGAUUUUUACUACCCUCUAGGUCCUGACCCCGUUCCGUUUGAAGGGGUGUCUUCCCCUGAAAGGUCAGAGGCUCCUCCCGUUGUGGAACCCAAUCCAACCGGGAGUUCCUCUGGGAGCCAGGCUCAAGGUAACUCCACUGCCUUGGCUAUUCGCAAGCCGGCUACUGCCCUAGAAGCUGUUCCCAUCUCCGCCAUUCCCGGACUAAGGAAGCCCACCCCGUCCAAGAAACGGUCGCGGGAAGGAGUCACUGACGAUGAUUUCCUUCCCAAGAAGAAUAAGGGUGAUGGUAUUCCCGCUUCGCCCAGCCCCCUGACUGCAUCUUCUGCGCUCAGGAGACCUGCAAGACAGCCUCAGCCUGAGGUGAACAAUACCUCCCCACCAGCCGCAACCAUUCCCGAAGGGGUAGAGAAAGAAGCUGAUAGGCAGAAAGAACCGGAGGCUUCCCCUGCGACAGAGAAGGAGGUUGGAGUGGAGGAAGGACUGGAAGCUUCCUCUUCGAAGCAGAAAGAAAUUGGAGGGCAGAAGGAUACGGAAGCUCCCCCAGAGACGGAGAGAGAGACUGAGAGACAGCAAGAACCGGAAAAGCAGCAUUGUAACGCCCUACAAACCGGCCUAACAAUGACAGAUAAAGGUAAGGGUAAGAAGCAAAAAGGCUCAAAGAUGCCAUCUUUUGUUAGUCUGGCGAGGGAUAGCUUGAGACUUCUACGACAGAGUUUCAUAACUCGAUCCAGAGACGAUGCCGAAGCAGGUUGUAGCAACCCCUUGACUAAUACGUCCACCCCUGAGAUUGAUGCAUCAGGAUCACCUCCGACCACGUCACAUACACCUUUGCAUUCUGGUGCUAGCACCGCUGGCCUCCAGGCAAACCUGGGGAAGAUGAAGGAAUCAGUGCAGGAGCCCAUAACCCCCCAGGCUCGCCCUGAUCUGCUUGCCCUCAAUGCUUUGCACUCCAUGGAGCAGGCCCAACAAUCGCUCCUCACCCUGACUGAGGAAUACCUGGGUGGAGCAUGGGGGAAUUAUAGGGCCGUGGUGGUUCUGAAGGAAAAGGAGUUGGCCGCUAGGGCCCUGCAGCAGAAAGUUGACUCCCUAGAGGGGACCCAGGAUUUGGAGACGCAGUUCGACAGACUCCUGGCACAAAUCUCCCUCCUGGAGUCAAAGGCCUCAGCUUCAGAAGACAAAGUAGGGAGUCUAAAAGCUGAGCUGGUUGAGAGGGAGUCCCGGAUCUCUGAGCUGGAGAAUUCCCUCCACGACGCCAAGCAAGAGGGUCCCCAUCUUAACGACCUCGUGAUAAAACACAUAGAGGCAAAAUGGCUUACCCUCGGGAAGUUGGAGAAAGAGAGACAGACUGCCAGCGAGCUCCGGUCAAGGAUGGGUGAACUGGAGAAGACAAUAGCUGCUCAUCAAGGGGAGGUGGCUGCCCUGACCACCCGCGCCGAGGCCCUUUACGAAGAAGGGAAGUUUGAUAUGCAACACUGCAUCUAUGAGGCGGUCCAGAGCGGUCUCCCGGAACACCGAUCCUUAGAUGACUUCAUCUCUAACUAUGGCCUGCCUCUUCCUCUUUCUCCCCCAGAUUCUUGUACUGACCUGGGGCCUUGACUUUCCUUUUCUUCCACAGCUGUCGUAUUUUACUUUGUAACAUUUAAAUGUUAGCAACUUGAUGACGCUUGUAACAUUUUGUCUUU